AUGGAGUUAAGUGAAUAUACUUUUGAAUUUAAGCACAUUCCUGGAAAAUUAAAUUCUCUAGCUGAUUACAUGUCACGUAUGCAAGAUCCUGAUCAUAAUCAGCCAGUGUUGGCUGAAAACUCUGAAGAUAACUCAGUUAUUCUUCCGUUUGUUGAAACAAAUCUUGAACGACCCCAAGUGAAUGCCCUGGUUUCUUCUGGAGAUCCUGCUCAUGAAAUUUCUGAGUCAACGUUUCUUGCUGAGCAAAGUUCGGAUCCUUUUACUUCAGAAAUUAUCACAAUUUUGAAAAAUCCUUCCUUGCUUAAUGCUGCAAAGGUACAUAAUUUCUUCAUUAAUGAGUCAAGCAAGCUUCUUAUGUUUAUUUCAAACAAACAAAAUAAUGCUGAGUUAAUUGUUGUUCCACAAGCACUGAAAUCUAAAGUGUUAGAAAUUUCCCAUAUAUCCCAUCUUGGGGUGCAAAAGACUUAUGAGAUUUUAUCGAAACGUUACUUUUGGAAGGGCAUGUAUAACGACACAAAGAACUUUGUCCUCUCGUGUCAUUUAUGCAACAAAUAUAAGUCGUUCACUCCUAAACAAGCACCAUAUAAAGCCAUCAGAAUACCUAAGUACCCAAAUGACUUUAUUUCCAUGGAUAUUGUCGGUCCUAUAAGGAAUUGUGGCCAUGUUCUUACUGUUUUAGAUCAUUUUUCUAAGCAUCUUGCUUUAUAUCCACUUAAAAAUCUCACUGCUGAAACUAUUACAGGGCAUUUAUUACAAUAUAUAUCUGUACAUGGACGACCGGAAAUGAUCUUGACUGAUUUGGGCACACAAUUCACUUCAUUAGUGUUUGAAUCAAUUACAAAAUCAUUAGGUAUUAAAUUAUCUCAUUGUACUCCUCAGAGACCGGAAUGCAAUGCACAAAGUGAACGAGUUAAUACUUCAAUCAAAACUUCUUUACUUACCCUUUAA